AUGAGAAAGGUAAUUGCGGUUGAUGGCACUCAUUUACAUGGUAAAUACAAGGGUGUGUUGUUGAGAAUUGUUGCACAAGAUACGGAAAAUCAUGUUUAUCCAAUUGCUUUUUGUGUCGUGGACAAAGAGAAUGAUGCAUCUUGGACAUUCUUCUUUGAGAAAUUGAAGGAGAUUGUGGUCGAUGAACCAGAUUUAUAUUGUAUGAGGCACCUCGGUGAAAAUCUCCGCGUAAAUCAUAAUUAUGGAGAUUACCUUUAUCUUUGCUAUAAUGCAGCAAAGAUUUACUCUUUGGAGGAGUUUGACAAUCAUUUUGUAGAAUUCAAGAACAAAUGUCCCGCGGUAACCAUCGUCCUUGAGUAUGAUAUUGGUUUUGAGAAGUGGAGCAGGGCAUAUUUUCAUGGCAAUAGAUAUGAUAUGAUGACCACAAAUAUCGCCGAGUCACUUAAUGCUAUGUUGGUAGAUGAAAGAGAGUAUCCCGUGGCAUCAAUAUUUAAUUCGAUUGCUAAGAGAUUUGGAGAAUUAUUCAGGGAGAGGCAUGCAUAUAUCCUUAAAUCAAUGGGUAAUCAAAUGGUGCCUUAUGCCAAAAAAAUCACAAGAAAUAAAAUGAUCGAGGGCGACUCCUUAUAUGUGGAGAACGUAAUUGGAGACGACAAUCAAUUUACCAUGUUCGGUGCAGGUGUUACUGCCUAUGUGGACCUACUGGAAAAGUCAUGUUCUUGUACGGAAUAUGACUUGAUCAAGAUACCUUGUGCUCAUGCGAUGACCGUUUUGUGA